UUCGUUUCGGCGCGCAAAAGGCUCGUAAAAUAAACUUAUGAUAAGAAAUUCCCCUCCAUCUCUGUUUUUUCUUUGCAGGUCCAAAUGGGAAGCUUAGGGUUUCGUCCUCCCCAAUUCUCCGAGGAAUUGCCUUGGCUUCCGGCUUGUCUUCAACGAAUCACAGACACCUCAGUGCAGAGCCCUUCUCACCAACAAUUUAAGGAUUUUUCAUGUAUACAAGGAGAAGAUGCAGAGUUGCUGCUGUCCAAGGAAGAAAUUCGAUGUAAUAGUUUUCAUUUAAUCUUAUCUGGAGAAGAGAACUCACCAAUUAGUUCUUUCCCUUCUUCCAAGGAUGUGCUUCAUUUCCGUCUAAAUCUGUCAUCAGAUGGCGACUCACAGUACUACCUAAGUCAACUAUUAGGUACGUCUUGUGCUCAGCAUGGAUCUAAAAAUGUUUUGCAAUUACCACAAAUUGAUAUAUCAGCUGGAGAAAAGAUUGACCUGGUACAAAAUGAAGAUACUGCUCGUGGGGUAAAUGCAUUUCCUAUGAUUUCCAUCUCAAGGGAUGUGGGGAUUGUUGAAGAAAAGAAUGACAUGAUACAAACCAAAGAUAGUGCUUAUGGGGUAAAUGUCUUGCCUAUGAUUUCCAUCUCAAGAAAUGUUGGAGAAAAGACUGACCUGAUACAGCAGACCAAAGUUAGUGCUUAUGGGGUAAAUGCCUUGCCUAUGAUUUCCAUCUCAAGAGAUGUGGAGGAUGUUGGUGGACAAUCAUCAAAUCACACCAAUGGUUGUAGUGAGCAUUCUGUAGAAAAAGUAACUGUCAGAAACCGCAAAAGCACCGAUAUUAAAGAUGUAGUCGAACUCUCAAUUGCCGCAUCUGAAGCUUUAGUAAUACAUGAAUUAGUGAGGAGUGAAUCAGCUUCAGAAGCUUUUUCCACAGCAGCGGUACUUGAAGCCGCCCUGCAGGUUAAGCAAGCACGCUUGGAGAGCUCAGAAGGUGCAUUUGAUUGCCCAACUGAGACAAGUGAUGAGAUGGACUUUCUUUCAGACUUGGAUGAUUUAACCAUGGCUGAUGCAUUCGAAAAUGUUGGAUUAUCUUUUAGUUGCUUUAGUAAUCAGCAUGCUUGUGGUUCAGAUGUAUCUUUAGUCAAAGACACUCCUAUAUCUGAAGAUUGUUUUGGGAGUGGGAACAGAACUGAAAAUGCUGAAAAAUUUUCUCCUCAGAAUAAACCUUCUGAUGAUCCAACUUCUAGCUUAAAGAGCUCUGAUCCUAUUAUGCUUGAGAUGGUCCAGGAUAGUUCACAUGUUUCAGCAACAGCAGAGAGAGUUGGCUUCUCAACGGAGGAUGCUUCUCUUCCAUCUCAGGCUGAUUUAAAUUGUCUUGAUUUAUGUAAUCUGAAGAAUGUUGGGGGAAGUAUAGCAAGUCCAUUUGUCACUAAUGAAUUCAGAAGUCGUUGGUUUGGUGGCUGGACAGGGGAGGAAGCUGAUACUGAACAGCAAAAACCAAAAAUCAAAUAUAUCACAAAGUGUUUUGCUGCUGAGACUAGUUUCUUCUCUGAAUCUGCAGAUGUUGCACCUGAUGAAAACUCAUUGGUCAGGAAGUCUGAAAACGAGAGACCUAACAUAGCUUCAGACCAAAGUGUACACUUUGAGGGUUUACCUCACCAAGUUGAUGAGGGCAUUAUGGUUUCUCAAGAUGUGAGAUGCUCUUAUCUGUCCUUGGUGGAUCCUCUUUGUUCCAUCGUUCCUUGCAGCAUUUCUUCAGAAAAUGCUUGCACUACUUUAGGUCAGAAUAAAAAUUCUGGAGAAGGUAGUGCGGGAAAUUGCCCAGACUCAGUAGGACUUCGGAAUGAGAAUAUGCAUGUUGAAUCUAUCUUUGAGACCAGGCAAGCUCUUUCUGAAUCUGAUGGUGCAUAUUCUGCAGCAAAAGUUCUGAGGCAGGUGACCUCACUUAAAACAUAUAGUAAGGUUUCACAUGAAAAUGAUUCUAUUUUGGGAAGUCAAAGGCUUUGUGUUAAUCAAUUAACCUCUUUACACUCGAGAGACAGAAACAGUGGAAUUAGAUUUUGUGAUAAAAGAAAUUCUGAGAUGUCCUUGGCUCUAUGCUCCAUACCUGAGUGUACAAGUGGUCAAGAUGCUGAAGAAACUGUUGCAGUGAAUAAUCCAGAUGGGGAAGGAAUGGAUGAUAAGAACUAUGAAUAUGCUAAGGAUAACGCUGAGUUGCGGGACCAGCCAUCCAUGGGAAAGAGCUUGCUUCUUGUUCUACCACAAAGGAUGAGCCAGCAACUACAGGCAGCCAAGCUUUUGGAUUGUGAUUCAAAGGCAGAUGCUGAACAGGCUAAUGCAGAAGUCUCAGUCUUUCAUAACUCAGACAGAAAUCGUCAAGGGAUGCAAGCUGAGUGCCACAAUGGUAUGAAAGUUCCAUCAAGAAAAAGGGUUCAUUUCUCAGAAAUUGAAGUCGAAUUUCAGCAAAACAAAGAGCUCACCAAGAGACAAUCUUUGUACCACAAACCCUCUGCAUCAAGACCUAGCAAAAGGUUUAAAUCAGAUGCUCAAAUUCGAGAUGGUCAAAAGAGCUCAACAAUACACUUGAGGAAUCAGAAGAGUUUGUUAUUUCGGGAUAUAAAAUUUCUGCUUACAGGAUUUUCUAGAGGGAAGGAAAAAGAAAUUGAAGGAUUGAUAUGGAAAUAUGGCGGUACUGUUCUGGUUGAUAUUCCAUCUCCUUCAAACAGGGGAAAAAGAUGUUCAAGGCAGAAGUUCCAACAGCUUCCUAUCAUUCUAUGCCAAAAGAAGCUACAAACUACCAAAUUCUUGUAUGCAUGUGCUGUGAAGUCAUUAAUUCUAAAAGAUAAAUGGCUUACUGAUUCAAUUACAGCCGGUUCUGCAUUAUCACCUGCAAAAUACAUGGUUCUGCCCAAUCAACCAGAAACUACGCUUACCAGAAUUGGGAAACCUGUGCGUCACGAUAACAGUGCCUAUAUUUUUAAUGGAGUAGGAGUUAUGCUUCAUGGGAAGCCUCAUUUCUGCACCAAAUUUGCAAAAGUAAUCCAGCAUGGAGGUGGACGCGUGUUUGGAACUCUCCUUUGGUUAAUUCAAAAUCUUGAUGAUGAGAAAAUAUCCUUGGCUGUUAUCGUUUCUGAAGGCGAGAAUAGGGCAUCUCGCCACCUACGACAGUGUGCUUUAGAGAGAAAGAUACCCAUGAUGCCAAGUAGCUGGAUUGUAAGGAGCUUGUACUCAGGGAAGCUUCUUCCUUUCACCGAAAAGAAGCAAACAACUUUGCAUGCUGUCAUUGAUCCUGAUUUUCCGGUUUCUGAUAAUUGUAGUCAAGAAAUUUGAUCUAUGCUUGGCCAUUUCUCCUUUCUGGCGUUGGGUUUGUGAAAGAAGCAUAUCAAGUCAAAGGACUCGAAGGACAAAUUUUCGAGUUGAGUACGGUUCAAUGGAUGAGCAAGAAUAGGGAAUUAAACAUAUCUUUCUUUUAAUCCAUUGGAUGGCUCUGUUUCUUUGUUUAUGUCGGAAUCUGCCCACUAGAGGUUGUAAAAUUGAAUGUAAAUUAUGGAAAGCUCGAGUGAACUACAUCAACUCCAAGUUAGUUUUUACAUCAGGGAUAAACCUCUUCCUUGCCUCUUAAAAUUUGAAUUAUUCAGGCGAGACCGUGAAAAUGGUAUUUGGUCUUUAAGUGAAAGAUUUACCCUUUCUGAACUUAUUGCCCAACCCGAGAUCCGACUGCCAACAGAAUUUCUCGGAAAGUAACUGUUUCAUCACUAUAGCUGGCCUCGGUUUGAAGUUGUGUUUCCUCUUAUUUCUCUAUGCUGCUCUGAGGCUUGAUCUUAACCGAGUGCAAAGAAGAUGACUGAGCCACCAUCUUUUUGAAAUAGUAAAAUAUUUAGGAUUACCAGCACCAUGUAAAGCUUCGGAUUAAAUGGCCUCAAGUAUUCAAACCUAGUUGGAAUUCAUGGCGAAAACAGUCAUUUCCUUCGAUAAGAGAAUGGAAGCCAUUAAAUUUCAAAGAAGCUGCUAGUGUAGUUCUUCAGUUCUUUCAUGGUUUCUUUCUACUGUUUUCUAUCACAUUGCUCUUUGCUGGUUAUCCUGUAAGUUGCUUCUCCCAUUUGUAUUGUGGGCUACAUUAUAUAUAUAAGAGGAAAUCCCACAAUAACUCUAAUAGCCAUGAUCAACUAUGCUUGUUGUUGGCUCCGUUUUGCAGGUGCCGAAACCCAUCACCAGUUUGGAGAAGCAUGCUUGCAGCACGGGUUUCAUCGGGGGAAAAGGAUUGUACUGGCGGAUCGGAAAUUGUGAGAAGAUAUAUAUUUGGCAUGACUGAUGGCUAUCUAUUUCGUUUGUGGGAUAGGGCUUUACAAAGAUCAAGAGACAUCAGUAAAACUGCUGGAAAAGACAAGGAUGC